AACUGGGACAUGCGGCAAGUGGUUUCGGCACCGGUCGUCGAUCAUCUGUUGUUUUGCACACGUGACAAGGUCGCCGUGCGUUGUUUCCAGCUGAUGUGCAGCAGGGUGAAACGAACAUGGCCCAUUGAAGCGAGUGAUCUGCAGCGGGUGCGAAAAUUUGUUGUUCUUAACUGCCUCAGCGGAAAAAAGUUCUUCAUGGAAAACUUGACAGCAGCUGUUUUAAAAAAGUUUUUAUGUUGGCUGUUGGAAUUUUCUUUUUCACGACUGAAGUAUUUCGCCGAUAAGGAGUGUCGUAAGAUGAGCCUGAAAUUUAUAAAGCUGCUACUGCCGUUGGGUGAAUCAGUACCCACGUUUGAAAAUACCUUGAGCGAACGGAUGAAGCAUUUUCAGCACGACUGGCCGUUAUUACUAAUUUCUUGUCUCGGUGAGGAAUUCGCCAACAACCAAGAUUUGGCGCUCGAAAUACUGAACGCGUUCCCGCGGCAUUUGCUCUCUAUUGUAGAUUUUCCGGCUGUCUUCGAAUCUUCUAUCGCCAUGGCCGAAAGUUCCAAGCUGGCCGACGUCAGUUCUGCAAGUUACUUAAUCAGGUUCGUCACGCUGAACUGCCCCACGUUACUGCUGCCAAACGUUAUUGUGUCGAAUGUGGAUCUGAACCGAUUUGCGUGUACCGAGCGCAAUCUGGCCGUCGUUCUGCACUUUCUUAGCAACCGACUUUUAGUACAGUAUCGCAAGGAGCAAGCUUCUCCUUCGGGGCGAUUCAGCUUUCAUGGAAUAAUUAGGUGCAUCACUGGCAUCGUUUCCGAAUGCCGCUUCAGGAAGCUGGACAGCGCGUACGUGGCAGAUCAUCUUCAGCAUCUGGUGGUAACCUGUAAAGCGAUAUGUAGCAUCGUUUCACAGGCGGUCAACUAUUCGUCGCCUGAGGGCUACAUCCCACUGGAGUACGGGGAAGAAGAUUAUGCUCCUCAGUCGUUUCUGGUCAACUGCUGGCGGUCGUUAAAGGAAAUCAAUGAACUGUUUGAGCUUAUAUUUUCUUGCUAUGCUGAAACUCUCCCUGAUCAGACCAAAAGCGCAAUCUUGUCACAUUUCUUCCGCAUGUUCGCUCAGAAUCGUCACAUGGGCUUGACUCAGGCUUCUUCCGGCCCGUUGUUAAAGCUUUGCGUUUCUAUGUCAGGCUCCAAACUCGGAUUUGACACCAUUCAGCGUUGGAUAUCUACGUUGAAGGAAAUGAUCAAGGUCGAGUCGCCGCUGUUCUGUGACACGCGUCGCAGUGCCGGCCUUCCGGUCAUCUUUCGAGUUUGUCUCGAAGCGACGCUUCGCGGCUCUCACCUCUUCUUUGACGAAACAACGAAGUUUCUGAUGGACGGCGUCUCCUCCUCGUCAACGAUGGGCGUGAAAUCGCAGGUUCAUUGCCUGAACAUACUGCGGAUGAUUUUUCGCGAAUCGGUUUUUCACAAGUUUGUCGGACCUUUCAUCGGUGAUGCCCUGGUGGCCAGCAUCGCGUCGUUGGGUAGUGGCCAUUGGCCGCUACGAAAUGCGGCAAUCUUGUUUUACUCUGCAGUUAUGCAACGAACGUUUGGCGCGCCCGCAGCCGGUGUUUACGUCCCUGACAAUAAUCGGUAA